AUGACAGUUCCGUCGCCCCCAUCUAAAGCAAACCAAUUGGGUAUUGCCACCUUGUCCCUCGGCAACUGGCGAGAGCAUCGUUUGGAAGCACGCCUGAAAGCCGCGGCGAAAUCGGGAUAUCAAUGGAUCGACUUGUUUGACGAGUGCUGGGCUGCUUACCUAGAGGAACAUGGACUGCCAGGAGAUCAACUUUGGGAACCGACUUCAGAGAAUCUGCAGGUUGCUCGCAAAUUGGCUGGUAUUGUCAAGUCCUUGGGAAUGCAAAUUGCUUGCACCCAGCCUCUUCGGAAAAUCGAGGGGAUCAAAGAUCCAGCCGAACGCCAGGCUACCUUCGAUCUAGUCGCCAAACGGUUUCCGUUUAUGCGCGCCUUUGACACCGAUCUUGUUUUCAUGUGUGCAAAUAUCCGCACGGAUGAGGGAGUGACAUCUGAUCUCAAGACGGUCGCGAGAGACCUCGCGGAACUGGGAGACAUGGCGGCUGCAUACGCAAAGGGCGAUGGCGGGCGCAUGUUAAAAAUUGGGUACGAGGGUCUAUCUUGGGCAACUCGAAAUACAUGGUCGACCUCAUGGGAAGCUGUGCGAUUUGCCAACCGCCCUAACGUUGGGCUGAUCGUGGAUGCCUUCAAUACCCUCGCAGUCGAGUUUGCAGAUCCGUAUAAUGUCGCUGGCCACGGGCGGAUCUACCCAACGUUGGAGGAAUCUCUGGAUGUUCUUACCGGGUCACUUGCGUCGUUGGUCUCGACGGUACCAGGUGAUCGGAUAUUUUUCUUCCAGUGCGGCGAUGCGGAGUUGAUGAACCCAACGACUUUCCUCCCUCCAACUGACCCGGAAACACCGUCACUGCUCCCAUGGUCGCGAAGUCAUCGGCUAUAUCCGCUUGAGCAGUCAAGAGGUGCGUAUAUGCCGGUUGAGCUUGUCGCGGCUGCUGUGCUUGCCACCGGGUACCGAGGCCCAAUAUCGCUUGAGGUGUUCAAUGCAUCACUGAAUCAACCAGGACAAAUGGUUCCGGUGGAACAUGCUUCCAGAGGAAUCAAUUCUCUCCGCCUCUUGUGCGAGACAGCAACGUCCAUUCCGGAGUUUUGGCAAAGUCAUGGUGAACCCGACGAAUGGCUUUUGACUGAAGUACAGACCGAUUGGGCUGACAAUGGCCGCGGCGUGGUGUUGCAAAAAUAUGGGCCCAAGAUGGGUGUCCUGCGACUUGAAGAGCGUCCGGGCGGCGUUCAAAUGUUCAAGCUGAACUCUCGACUCUGAUGGGUUAGUGCAAAUAUAUAAAUUUGCAACUAAUAGAUUCUCUGAAA